GAGAUUAUUGUGGAACUUUAUCAUUUAUGUGUCCGGAAAUUCUCCAGAGGAAGCCUUAUGAUUCCUACUGUGACUGGUGGGCGUUCGCCAUUGUGUUAUUUCAAGCGUUGGUUGGAAGAACUCCUCUAGAGAUUUAUGUAAAAGAAGCUUUCGAUAUUGAUAAUGUGUAUUUAUUGCCCCGUUACGACCGGAUAAGAGCUGCUCUAAAUGUGAAGAUGUCGUAUCCUCCUGCAUUAUCGGAUGAUGCCAGACAUUUUAUUUAUGAUCUAUUGCAAAAGGACCCUUGCAGACGUCCUCUAGAAGUAAAUAUAAGAGAACACGAGUAUUUUCAUAAAGUGCCUUGGCCCAAAAUUACUUAGGGUUUUCGGCAGAAUAAACUGAAAAUGAAGUUCGGAUCUUUCUUGAAAUCAAUGUGGAAGCCGGUUAAGAGAUCUUUUGUUUAAUGCUUCUCACUGAAAUUGACCUUUCAUCGAUUUUGUCUGUCCAGGAUUUGAUCUUUACCGAUUUUGACUUUCCAAAAUUCGACUUUUUAUCGAUUUUGACUGCCCAGGAUUUGACCUUUACCGAUUUUGACUUUCCAAAUUUUGACCUUUAAAGGAUUUUGACUACGUCAUUUCAAAUAUACUCGAACUUGACUACCGGAUUGUGUCUAUCUUAAAUUUGAUUCCCGAAUUGUUUUCAUUCUCGAAUUUGACGCAUCCUGUUUCUGUCCAUUACUUAUUGUGUCACUCAUUUCGUGUCCAUUCCUAAUCAACGUCUUCUUUCGAUCUGUGUCAAUUGCGAACAGAAAUUUGCUCUGAAUUAUGUCGAAUCGAAAACAUCUAGAAAUUAAUCUUCGGUAUCUUUAAUUCUGCAACCUUGUCUAAAUACAGUACAUUAAAUGUCUAAUAAACUCAAGAAACGUUAAUACAGUAAAGAAAAGACGCAUGGAAGCAAUAUCUCUGGAAUAAUUUGCGUCUACCGAAAUUGUCAAGACAAAGUUUGCUGAAUAUUCGGAAAUUGUUACGGAUAAUGGAUUUUUAUGUUUAAAAGCGUGUGAAAGUGCGAAGGAAUUGAUUUACAAAAGGAUUUCUUUAAAAGUAAACAUAAACCAGUUGAAAAAGAAGG